AUGAACCGAAGGCACCAAGUGCGUGUCAAGCCAUGUAUGGUGCUGGUCGGUGGCUUCAGUCUGAUGAAGUUGAUGGGAGCCUUUGUGCCACCACCACAGGGCAAGGCGGUGCCAGUGAGAUGCACACCACACCUUGGGGCACGCCUCGUUGGGCAUGUGGUUGGCUCAUGCAUCAUGGUAGCCCCAGCCUAUGCCUCUGACACGUCGGGGCUGGAUUUUCAACAAUUCGUUGAAGAGUUUGCGGGGAAGAAGGACUUCUUCGCUGCCUUGGCCAGCGCCACCCUAUCAGUGGCGGGGGCUACCCUAUCAGUGGCGGGGACUGCAGUUGCAGUGGCUCAAUUGGAUCAAGCAAAGCGCUCUGCUGAUGAAGCAAAGGUCUCUGCUGAUGAAGCAAAGCGCUCGGCAGACGAGGCAUUCAAAGCUUCUCCAGAAGGCAAAAUCCAACAAGCGCUGGCAAAGGCCAUGGAGCCUUUUGAACCCAGCAGGCCGCAAGACGAGGUCAUCCAAAGGCCAGUGAUGGAAACUCUCCGGCAACGCAUUGCGAGCUGGCAACAACAUGCGACCAUCAUUGGGGGUCGGUACCAGUCAGGCAAGUCUGUGGCAACAGAAGAAGCCUUGCGCGGGGCGCGAGGUGUUGUGCGAUUCACCAUCAGAAGUGCCGAUUGGAACAGAUGGAUGUUCGAGGAACUUAAAGUGGAAGACGGUGGAUUGUUCAAAGAGGUCAUGCGCCGAGCGCGCGAGAAGCUCAAGGACUUUCCCGACAACCUCACCAAGUUUCCAAUCCUUCUUCUUGAAGUCCCUCGUACAACCACCGAAGGCAUCAACUUAAUCUCUUCUACUGCGAAGGAUGUGGCGACGGACAAAAUCGGAAGUGCCAUUCAUGUGAUUGUGUCAGCCUCUCGGCGGCAGUGGCGUUGGCUUUUGAUGCUGGAGGAACUGAAAGGCAGGAAGACAUUUGGGUUGGCGACUUGA